AAAAAAAGCAAUAGCAACAAGAAAUUUAAAUGAUAAUUUCAUGAAGUAUAUUAGAAAUUUUAAAAAUAUUACUUUAGUUGACUUAAUAAUUGGAUCAAGUAUAACAGGUCCAUUCUUUAAUCAAGAAUAAAUUAUACGAAGUGCGUUGGAAAGUUUUUGGUUUAAAGAAUUCCUCAUAUUAACAUUGUUGGAAUUAAGGUUGCGAAGAUGCCCGGAGUAUUCAAGAAAGUAUUAGACGAGGUGACCAUGAUGUUGUAUGAGAAGGUCGAUAACAAUCCAGAUGAUUACCGGUUUACAAAAGAAGAACCAGAUGAAAUUAAACGCAAGUUGAAGUACGUGGAUAUGCACAUGAAGAAGGCUUUGGAGUUUAAUUUACAGAAAGAAGUACUAGACUGUAUAAACCACCAAGCGUUAGCUGCAUACAAAUUGAACGACAUGGUGAAGUUUGAAGAACUCAGUAACACUAUGCUAGAGAUGGCUGUUGAACUAAAAGACGAUAUGAGAAUUCGUCAAGCAUACUGCAAUCUCGGUGUAUUAUGCAAAAUGAAUGGGAAAUUUGGGAAAGCCUUGGAAUAUUAUAAUCUAGCCUUAGAUAUGGUUAAAAAAAGAAACGAAAGAUGGUGCAUAGCUAGGUUGUACAAUAACAUCGCUAACAUCUAUGAAAUGUUGAAUGAUCUUGAAAAAGCUAUGGAAUAUCAAUUACUACGAUUAGAAGUGGCAGAGGAGUUAAACGAUUUAGAUGGCAUUACAAAAGCCUCUUCAAGUUUAGCAGCUAUGUAUCAUGUGUCGGAUGAUGUUGAGAAGAGUAUCGAGUACUACCAAAAAGUUCAAGAUGUGUUACGAAAAAAACUGAAGAAUUUUGACACGCUGGCAGAUGACGCUGCUGGAUCAGAUGACGAUUUUGUUGAUUUUGGAGAGGGAGAUGAGGAGGAGCAGGAAGGUGAGGAAGGAGGCGGAGGAGGUGGGGGUGGUAAAAAGAAAAAAAGAUGCGUUAUUUUGUGAUGGAAUGCUUUUUAAAAUCAUCCAUUUAACCCGGCAAGUUUAAUGACGUUCACGUAAACAGUACCUACCUUGAAGGAGAAGCAAGCAAUACAUCCAUGGUAAAUGAGAACGAAUUGGUUUUGGUGUCAGCAAAGGGCAACCAUGCGUGUAUACCAACUAAACCAUUCAAAUGUACCGUCACCAGAGAAUCUGGAACAGCUUGAUAGAGUAUUGACUUCGGACGGGGUUUACAUGCAGCGAUAAAUAUAGUGGGCGUACUCAUGUAGGCGUUAUUAAUCUAAAAAUAAGGUAACGACAUCACAAACCCGUACAGUACAGUGCCUGACAUUCUAGAGCACAUAUUACCUAAUUCAAUCAAGGAAUAGAUCGAAAAAUAUGUUGGAUGUUUGAACCAAUAAAUUUGUUCGAAAUAACAUAUGUUCGAAUUAGUGAGAGUCUACUGUAUAUAUGUAACAGUUGAUAAAAAGUUCAUAAA